UUGUUUGAAUUUUAUCAUCUUGCUUGAAAACUUUGAAUUUAUUUUGAACUUUUGAAGUUUUUUUGAACUUAUUGAUGAGAAAUUGAGAAUGAACAGUGCUCUUAAACUUUCGUGAACAUUCUCACAGUGCCCCAGAAGUUGUAUCUUUUGUCUAAUUUCACGUUGCUAUGUUCCUAUGUUCCCCAAUUCAAGUUCUGCUGUUCCGAUGAAGAAGAAUAUUUGUUUCACUCAUUCGGUCAUUUUACAAGAUAUUUGAAUUUGAAUGUGUUUCUAUGGAUCGUACAAGUAAUAAUUCCAACACUAUCCUAUCAUGUGAUGAAUCGAAAUUCUCUGGUACUACCUUGAGAGUCGUAGUACCAUCGUAGCAAUUAUUCAUUCAUCUUGUUUGUGUACUUGGCCUCAUAAUCAAUCAUGAAUAAUGAAUUGAGAAACAACAACUCGGAUCUUUUAUUGAUAUCGAUGAACCCAGCUGAGAAUACUUGCGGCCAAAAGGCAGAAAUGAGUUACCAGCUCAACGACAGUGAAAUGGUACUAACUACUUCGUCUCUGGUGAAUGGGAGCAACUAUACAUUGUCCCCGAUGAAAGCUCAUUGCGAAAUGUUGAGGGGUUCCAGUUCAUCUGGAGAGUACAUCGAAAAAGACCAGUUUAUGCGCGAAAUUACGGACGAAGUACGAUUAAAUAUGUCCGAUAUGAAUUCUCGUUACCGACCUACCAGACAACCCUCGUUAAAUUUCCAAAAAGUAUCAUUGACAGACGACACUGCGUCGAAUUAUUCCUUCAAGUCGCUCUCCAAUGAUAUUCAAGAUCUGUCGUUUUCCGUCGACUUACGUACGUUGAAUCGUGACGUUCCAGAAAACACGAAUUUCAAUUAUUAUAACAGAGGUGUUAGUUCGUCUGAUAUGUAUAACACCGAGUUCUCCCACGAUUUUCCGAAUAAUAACUUCGCUCCAAAUUUACCGAGUACUUCGAGUGGGUUUUCAGCGGAAGAUGCGUCGACAAACUACGUUUUGACGGAGAAUCAAUCUGACGAACUAUUGUUGAAUGGAAUCGAGUUGAAUGAAAACGAAAAACUGAUCCUAUCCAACGAGGAACUCGCCAUGUUGACUCAGGGUAAACCAGGAUCAUGUUUGGAAUUAAUUUUAAAUAAUGGCGAAGUACUAUACGCGGUGAUCGACUCCGGAAACGAUUAUUCUCCUUCAUCACCUAAAAUGCUCCAGAUAUCCAAAGAUAUACUUCCCCAGCGCCAAUGCCCAGUACCGGUAGAAAUGAAUACGAAUUUAGUUCACGUAAACGAUAUGCAAGCUGAAUCUCAAUACGCGUGUAAUUUCUCCAAAACGCCCAUUUCCGAAUUCAAUAACGAUACCAACUAUCAUUCGGUUAUAUCGACAUCGCUUUCUAAAACCAUAGAUUCGUCUCCCAUCAGCACCGAAAGUUUCAACUUAUGUUGCGAUUUCCCUUCGAACGAAACAUCCAAUCAAUUCACAUCGGUCAUAGAUUCGUACCCGAUUAUAUCCGAGAAACAAAUCUCUUACGAACAUUCGUGUCCGACGACUUCUUCUCAUAAAGAAAUACCUACCCAGACUAAUUCUAAAAUUGUACCCAACCCUCAGGUUCAACCUAUCCCAUCGAAACUCGACUAUUUCCCGAAUGCGGUGAAUUCCAUCGUCGUUUCCGAAACGGGUAAAAAGUACCCGAAGAAGUAUUCUUUUUAUUCUAAUUUCCCAUCGUAUUUAAAUCAAGAUCAAAAUUACGAUAAACGUGAAAAACACGAUAUACCCGAAGAAACCACCGCUUCGAAUUCUAAUCAAACCAACACCGAUCCGAAAACCACCAUUGAGAACGAAUUAGCUAGAAAUAUUGCUGGGAAUACCGAACAGGAGCUUUUGAAACGAGGGUUUCAUCAAGUUGAUAGUUCCGAAGUGCAAAGAACUUCACCUUUGCGCGAAAAUAUCUCUGUGCUGAAACGAAACGUUACUUCGGAUAUUCCAAAGGAUAGUAAUCGUACGUCUGUUAUCAACGUCACGAAUAAAAAGCAGCUCAACAAUGAAGGAAAUGCAAUCAAUAGUAAAUUUUUAAAUUCACGUUCGGAAUCUGCUUUAAAUAGUAUCUGCGACAGAGCUGUUCAGUCUCGAGCUAGAGCUACGUUACCUUCGGCGUAUUUAUCUAUUAAUCGAAUUAAAUCUGACUCUGGUUCUAAAAAACCAGUUUAUGGAGUAUUUGCGAAGAAAACAAUUCCCAGUAGAACACAAUUUGGCCCAUUUGAAGGAGUAUUGAUUAAACAAGAAGAAGAGGAUUCCAUAGAUGAUGAUUCUCAUACCGAACUACGUCUUACGGUUGAGACCGAUAAGGGCGAAUUUUUCAGACUGGAUGUAUCCAACGAAGAUGUAUCCAAUUGGAUGAGAUUCGUUAGACCAGCCGGUUCGUUUAAAGAGCAAAAUUUAAUCUUGAGUCAGCAAGGGUCGUCUUUGUAUUUUACCACCAUCGAAGUAAUUCAUCCGAAACAAGAAUUAUUAGUUUGGUAUAGCGUGUGGUAUUCGCAGACUCGUAAUUAUUAUCUUUUACCUGGAGAUCCUUGCGCCAAUGUCAAUGCUAAAGAUUUACAUCAAAUUGAUGCAGUCCAAUUGGACGCAGAUGAAUCUCAAUCACCUCGCAACGCCGAUAAGUAUCCGGCCCAGACGAAACAGCAGCCUGAAGUGUUACAAGGUGCUACUGUCUGUGAUGGAUUUGAUGCGAAGAACGACAACGAUGUGGUUAUCGAGUCCCAUUUCAGUUCGAAUGAUCUAACUGAAGAAGAUUCGUGUAAGAAUUCCAAGGUGAAAUCAAAAUGCGGUAUUAAAAACAAGCAAAAUAAAUUAAAUAAGACCCUUUGGUUAUGCUCUUACUGCGAUCUAACAUUUUCAAACUCUUCUGUCAUGAAUCUGCAUAUUUUAAUUCACGCCGCUGACAACGUCGAGACAAACUCGGAUCUCGUAUCGAAGCCUCAUCAUCAAGAAGACGCCUCCUCACAGAACAAUAGUUGCCCUCAGUGCAGUCAAUCGUUCGUUGAAAAACAACAACUCAUCCUUCACGUUGCUAAACAUGGUUUAAAAGUUCAACGCUGGACUGAUAAGAACAUCGAACGUGAGAACAGCGAUAAUAGCGAAGAGAGUGACGAUCAUAUGGAAGAGAAAAUCGAAGAGAAAACUUUCGAAUGUCGUCCUUGUAAGAAAAAAUUCAAAAAUCCUGCUGCGUUAAAUGUGCAUAAGCGAUUUCAUUCUGACGAUUCCGUCUUGGAAUGUCCAAUCUGUGAGAAAACGUUCCUAAAAUUAACCGCUAUGAGAGAACAUGUUCAUAGUCACGCAGUCAAUGGCAUAUACACGUGUCCUCAUUGCCCCAAAAAAUAUGAUCGAUAUAAAUAUAUUCGUAAGCAUAUAAGAGCAUGUCAUUGUAAAGUCACCUUUAGUUGCAAAUUAUGCAAGAAAAGUUUCAAAAGCCAGUAUAAACUCAAAAGUCACAUGUUGAGACAUUCCGAUGAACGCGAAUUCCUUUGCGCUAAUUGCGGGAAACAGUUCAAAAGAAAAGAUAAACUAACCGAACACAUGAAAAACACACAUUCCGAAGAACGUGAAAAGAAAAGCUUAGAAAUUAUGAACGCGACUAGUAAAAAAAAGAGAUCUAUCGUUAAAAAAUCAUUUAAGAAGAAAUUGCCUACCAAAGUAUUGAGUUUGAUCACCGAAAACGUGAACGAUUAUUUUUACAAAUGUUAUAUUUGUAACAUCGGAUUUAAAAGAAGAGGAAUGUUGGUUAACCAUUUGAAUUCGUUUCAUCCUGGUGUCAGUUUGGAUUCAAUUCCAGAAUUAAAUGUGCCAAUUUUGAAAGCCUACUGUAACUUUUAUUGUUUGUAUUGCGAUAAAGUUUACAAAAGUAAUUCGAAACGAAAAGCACACAUCAUCAAAAGUCACCCCGGAGCAAAAAUACCUGGAAAUUUAGAACGAGGUACAGUUUUAAACGAUCCUUAUGCCAAACACGUUGGCAGCGUGAUCUCGAACCCGUUCAAUUGCGAGUAUUGCCCUCGACAGUACGCUAGUCGAGCCAAAUUACUCAAUCAUCAUCGUAAAAAUCACGCCGACUUGAUUCCUGCUGACAUGAAGUCUCCUAGAGGUUGGAAUGCCCACAGGAGGAAGAAAAAAGUCGAAGUGAUUCCAAACACUACUACUACUACCACUACUGCCAGCCAAUCUGUUCCUUCUUCUACUCCUACCGUGAAUAACGUUCAGUUACAAAACGUUGAAUUUCAAAUGGAAAAUAAUACCGAAUUAGCCACCGUUGGUGUCAGUUCUCAAGAUGUCAUCACUUUACAACCUGCCACCAAGGAAAGCAGCUCAGGAGACGUUAAUCAACAGAUAGUGAGUUUGACGCAUUUGUUAAACGACGAACUACGCAAUUCCACCAACCAAGAACAAUAUCUGAAAAUUUUACAAUCGACUACUGGUAUCUCGAUUUCGCAAACCGAUGAAAACGGCGAACACACAGUUUCGCUGGAAAAUUCUUCGUCCCUGCUGCAGCAGAUAUUAGCAUCGUAUUCCUUCUCUAGUUCGUAAUCGUAACUAAGUCGUUUUUGACUAAUUUAGUUUAAUUUUAAUUUUUUUUUUUUUUGCUGAACCACGCCAAAUAGAUAACAUUUUUUGAAUAAUUUUAGUAUAAAUUUAGAUAAAAGUUUAAAACGAAUGAUCACUAAUUAGUAAUCGUGAUAGGUGUAAUGUUAUGCUAUAUUGUGUCGAGUAUUUGUCAAGAACGCUUCCUUUUUACUUUUUUUUCUUUCUUUCAUUUUAAAAUAUCAUUCGUAAAGUUCGUUAGAAUAUUUACAUAAAAACGGUCGUUUAUAAUGAUAACAUUAUACGGUUGCGCUUCGAGCUCGACUCAUUCAACAGCAUAAUACGUCGUAUUUUUAUGUUACCGAAAUAUUGUACGUAUAAUCAAAUACGAGUGUAACCAGAAAGAGAGAAUAAAAUUCACGAUACCAAAAUAUCAGCCCCGAAGUUUCAUAGUAAUUCAUACGAUGAUAUUGUGGUCUCAGCAACAAAGCUGUGAUUGAUGUGUGAUAAGUUGUUAGCUUUACCUACGAUGUUUUUCCCCUUCUUUUCUUUUUCCUUUUUUUAAUUUUUACAUAACGUUAGAUUUAAAUUUUAAAAACAAAAUGUGCUUUAAAAAUGUAUUACUUAUUAUCUAUUUGUUAAUUAUUGUUUUUAAUUUACGCCGAUCGCGAUCGUUAUCGAAUGUUUUAUGUUUAUUAUUUACCUAAGUAUCUACGUAUUUUACCGUUUACUUCGUACGAGUAUUCGCCUUUUUGACGAAAAAAAAUAAAAAUCUUAUUUUAUAAUUGUGAUAACGAAUAAAGAAUUAUCAAAGAGCUAGUCGAA